GGAUAGUUUUGCGCAUGCCCUGUAGGGGCGGAAAGAGCCGUCAGGUUGCGCCUGCGCUCUGGGUCGACUUUACUCCGCCUCCGCGGCCGCGGUACCGGUUCAGGGAAUCCUGGCGGAAUGGUGUUGCGGUGCCAGAUUGGCUGAUGUCAGAAAUCAGGUGAUAUUUGCUGUUCGUCAAGAAUAUGUCGAGCUUGGAGAUCAACUCCUCCAGCUUCAGUCAGGAGAUGAAAUUGCCAUUAUCCCCCCCAUUAGUGGAGGGUAGUACUCUUGAGCCACUUGGGUGUGUGAGGAAAGAUAUGAAUGAAAUUGAAGAGAAAUCUAAAGAUAUAAUAAAAUUCACUGCUGAGAAACUCUCCAUAGACGAAGUCUCACAGUUGGUGGUUUCUCCACUCUGUGGUGCAGUAUCCCUGUUUGUAGGGACUACAAGAAAUAACUUUGAAGGGAAAAAAGUCAUUAGCUUAGAAUAUGAAGCAUAUCUACCAAUGGCGGAAAAUGAAAUCAGAAAAAUUUGUAGUGACAUUAGGCAGAAAUGGCCAGUCAAACACAUAGCAGUGUUUCAUAGACUUGGCUUAGUUCCAGUGUCGGAAGCAAGCGUUAUCAUUGCUGUGUCCUCGGCCCAUAGGACUUCAUCCCUUGAAGCUGUGAGCUAUGCCAUUGAUACUUUAAAAGCCAAGGUGCCCAUAUGGAAAAAGGAAAUGUAUGAAGAAUCAUCAUCAUCUUGGAAAAGAAACAAAGAGUGCUUUUGGACAGCCAGUGAUUAAUUCACACAUUUUUUUUUUAGAGAACUAAAAUUAAACUUGGUAAACUGUC